AUGGAAAGGGAAGGUUCCACGGGGAAACCAGAGCGGUUUCACCUGGCGGGGGCGCGGGGGCAAUCAGGCGCAGGCGCAGCUGCGCGGGCAGGGGGACAGGAAGGGGCGCGAGGAUCACACUCGGGGGCUUGGGCGGGGCAACCGGGGGAGUGGGCGGGGGAGGCGGGGGCGGGGUGGGACGGGGACUGGCUGGGGGAGGCGCGGAGGCGCGCGGGGCCGUGGGAGGGGCGGGCACUGACGGUGGUGAGUCUGUUCGACGGGUGCGGUGCCAUCUGGCAGGCGCUGCACGACUGUGGGAUUCCGUUUACUGGCGUCAGCUCUGAAAUAGAUCCGUUUGCAUCCGAGGUGGUGCGGCACAGGUGGCCGGCCGUGCAGCAUGUGGGGGAUAUCACCUCCCUCACUCCUUCUACAAUCCACUCCGCCCUCGCUGCCGCUGCUGCUGCUCGUUGUGCCACUGUUGGCGCCACUGCUGCCUCCACUGCCCGCACCAAGGAGGUUCGACCGAGAAAGUGCAAGGAAGCUUCACCGGAUGUUCCCGCUGGCGUCCAGGUGGACCUGCUAGUGGGCGGCUUUCCUUGUCAGGACCUGAGCAGCAUGAACAGAAACAGGGUGGGGUUCCUAGUGGAGAACGUGGCGAGCAUGCAGUGGAUGGAUCGCGACGAGAUCUCCAAGUAUCUGGGAGUGCCACCCAUCUGCAUCGACUGUGCCGACCUCACCGCGCAGGCGCGGCGGAGGCUGUUCUGGACCAACCUGCCGCUGCCAGCUCACAUGCCGCCCCUGCGCUGCCACCCGUCCACGCUGCUGCAGAGCAAGCUGUGCGAUGCCAUUGCGACGGAAGACAAGUGCGGGGUGGGUGGGGGAGGGGGAAAGGUGAAUGGGGGUUAG